AUGAACUGGUUUCUAGUAGACGGCUUAAACAAUAUUCCACCAUAUAUUGCCACAAAGCCAAAUUGGAAGCCGCCGUGCGCAAACAGGAAUCGGCGUAAGCGUUCUUCAACAGAUGGUUCAAACAUAUUUGUGAUUGGAAAUGACGCAUGCCAUGGUCCUUCUACAACAAAGGAAUAUUGCAAUGGGCCUUUACCUGAUGGACGCUCUUUCAAAGUAAAAUCCUUUGUAUGUACGGACUACGGCUGCACCGAAACUGUAUACUCACAACCAAUAAAAACAGCGCCUAACAUGACGGCGGCGUUUGUGGGCGGAGCGGUGUCAGCGGUUGUUGUGCUAGUCCUAGUUGUUUUGGUGGUCUUCUUAAUGAGAAGGAGACAAGCAGCACAUGGUCCAGUAAAACUGACUGAGUUUCCAGCCUUUGUAGAGAAGAUGCACAGGGACAGUGAUCUUCUCUUUGCUGAUGCUUACAAGCAUAUUAAGGAACCAAGACCUAAACACCCUUGUACAGUUGCUAAAUCUCAGAAUUGCCGAGCGAAAAAUCGAUACACAUACAGUAUUCCAUACGACCACUCGCGAGUAAAACUUGGACCGUCAGACAAUGUUGGGGGAUCUGACUAUAUAAAUGCCAAUUACGUUCCGGGCUACACAUCCCCACGCGCGUAUAUUGCCACCCAGGGUCCGAUGCAGGCGACCUUUGACGAUUUCUGGCGAAUGGUGUGGGAGCAAAAUGUUGACACGAUUGUUAUGCUGACGAAGCUUGUGGAAAACGGAAGAAUCAAGUGUGACAAAUAUUGGCCGGAUGUGUAUAAGCCGAAGUAUUACGGGGACCUGGUUGUCUCGGUGACGUCAGAGUCCAACCUCUCCGACUACACACUCAGAAUCUUCGAAAUCAAAUUAAAGGGGGAACGGCGUUCUGUCCGUCAGUUCGCUUAUCUGAAGUGGCCUGAUAUGGGCUGCCCUGAGUUUCCGGAAAUGCUCCUGGAGUUUCUGGAGACGGUGAAAGAUCACAAUAAGCGUCAACGUGGCACAAGGCACAAGGCGUCAAUGGUUGUGCACUGCAGCGCUGGAGUAGGUCGGACGGGGACAUUUAUCGUUGUGGACCACCUACUGCAACACAUCCGUCACCAUGACGACGUAGACGUAUACAAACUCGUGCUUGAUAUGAAGAACCAUCGUUGCAACAUGGUCCAAACUGAGGACCAGUUCAUCUUUAUCCACGAGUGUCUGAAGGCGUGUAUUACCUCGGACAGAAAUUAUGAAGAGGUUGAGGAACAUAUGUACGAACAACUCACGAUUAUGGGGAGACAACAUCUACAAUGUUAGUUGACAUGAUGAAAAAAAUGGACAACACGAAUGAUAGCAUCUUGGAAUUCU